UUCAUCAAGAAACCACAACACACACAUGGCCGACGACAACACUCAACGAUGCCCAGGAAACCCCGUCGGCAGCGGAUUCAAACCCGACAAAAACAUACGUCCAUCGGUCGACAGCAACGACAGCGUCAACCAACGAUCGCCGAGAAGUUCCGGCGGAUUCACAACGGACAAAGACAUAGGCAGCCACAGACCAAAGCAUCGGUCUCUAUACAGCAUCGAUAGCACCUCGAGCCUAUACUCUAUCGACUCUCAAAGAUCGAAGCCGCCACCGCCGGGGACUUACCACGUUCAACUCCCUAAAGAGCAAAUCUACCGCGUCCCCCCGCCGGAGAACGCACGCCGUUACGAGGACCUCUCUCGCCAGAAACACAACCGCUGCCGAUGCUGCUGCUGUUACUUCGUCGUCACGUUACUCAUUCUCUGCUUACUCGCGGCACUCGUCGUGGGGAUCUUUUUUCUAGUUUGCCGGCCGCAUAAGCCGCGAUUCUCCGUGAGCGGAGUCUCCGUCGCCGGGAUCAACCUCACGUCGCCGUCUCCUUUCUCUCCGGUGAUCGGACUCAAGAUGCGGUGCAACAACGUUAACGGUAAGCUCGGUUUGGUGUACGAGAGAGGAAGCGCGGUCGAGAUUUUUCACGAGGGGAUCAGACUUGGUGACGGCGAGUUCACGGCGUUCGAGCAGCCGGCUGAGAAUGUGACGGUGACGGUGACGAGGUUGAAGGGGUCGAGGAUCCAGCUAACGAGCUCGUCGCGGAGAGAUCUCGUGGAGGAGCAGAAGAAAGGAAAAGUGCGGGUUGACGUGAGUGUUAAAGCGCCGAUUAGGUUUAGGGUUGGUGCCGUGACGACGUGGACGAUGGGCGUCACCGUGGACUGCAAGGUAACAGUGGACAAACUGGCGUCAUCAGCAACUGUGAUAACGGAAGAUUGCGUUACGGAAGACAUAAGACUGAUUUGA